AUGACAGGGCGCAUGUGCGGAGACGCAAAAGCGACAGUGUCAUCGCAGAAGCGAGGUGUGACCUGGGCAAGAAAGAUUGCAGGAGCUGAAAUUGGGUCGCAUCUGCGGCCCCGCAAAAGCGAUGGUCUUGGGCGCAGAAGCGAACUUGAGCGCAAAAGCGCGUUUAGCUUCGCACCUGCGGUUGCGCAGAAACGGAUGGAGAUCCGCAGGUGCGAGGUGUCAGUCGCCUCAGCUGGUAAUUUUUAUAAUCUUGCAGAUAUCACUUGGGGCGAAGGACGUGGUAAAAUAACAGGAGGAGGCAGAGGCCUUUCUCUGUCCCUUGAUAAAUUUUCUGGUUCGGGUUUUCAAUCGAAGAAUGAGUAUCUCUUUGGAAGAUUUGACAUGCAACUCAAACUUGUCCCUGGAAAUUCUGCUGGCACUGUCACCACCUUCUUCUUAUCUUCACAAGGAGCUGGACAUGAUGAGAUUGAUUUCGAGUUCUUAGGCAAUGUUUCUGGCCAACCUUACACAGUUCAUACCAAUGUUUACUCGCAAGGCAAAGGCAACAAAGAACAACAAUUCCAUUUGUGGUUCGACCCAACUGCUGCAUUUCACACUUACUCCAUUAUCUGGAAUGCUCAGAAGAUCAUUUUCUUGGUAGAUAAUAGUCCAAUCAGAGUAUACAACAACCACGAAAGCGCUGGCAUUCCAUUCCCAAAAAGCCAACCAAUGAAAGUGUACUGCAGCUUAUGGAAUGCAGAUGAGUGGGCUACACAAGGAGGUAGAGUCAAGACAGAUUGGACACAUGCUCCUUUCACUGCAUAUUACAGAAAUUUCAAUAUUGAUGGCUGCGCAGUCACAUCCGGCGCCUCUUCGUGUAAGUCCACUGAUUCAGCAAACAAUGCUAGGCCAUGGCAAAAUCAAGAACUUGAUGCUAAGGGCAGGAAUAGGCUACGAUGGGUGCAGAGCAGACACAUGGUUUACAACUAUUGUGCUGAUUCUAAGAGGUUUCCUCAAGGCUUUUCUCAUGAGUGCAAGCGUUCGAGGUUCCUCUAAUUAAGUUGCUGGAGCAAGGAAAUUGUGGCACUGCCUCUGCUAUUUAUUAAGAUUGAUUCUUCUCAUAUUUGUGAAUAAUGAAUAUAUGUACUGAAUUCUUUAUUUAUAUGAGCAAAAUUCUUUAUUUUUUAUCUAUCUACUGCUGUAUUGUUUUGGAGCAUACACAUGGACCGGAAUAAAAUCUUUUUUGUUUC